AUGCAUACCGCUAUUAAUAAAUAUUCUUUGGUCCGCAAUGCGACCAAAAACAUAUUAUGUGGCUGUUUCAAACGGCGUUCGUCUCAUUUUGUAUAUCACCCUGAACGGAUUUCCAAUGAACUCGGUAAAACUAGUAAGAAGAAUAUGUAUCAGGCAAUCAAUAGUGCUAUGGAUUUGGUACUGAGCAAAGAUCCGAACAGUGUUGUGUUUGGUGAAGACGUAGGAUUUGGUGGUGUAUUUAGAUGUACUAGUGGCCUGCGUGAACGAUAUGGUGAAGACCGUGUUUUUAAUACUCCACUCUGUGAACAAGGUAUUGUUGGUUUUGGAAUUGGCCUUGCUGUAGCCGGUACCACAGCAAUUGCAGAAAUUCAAUUUGCAGAUUACAUGUUUCCUGCAUUAGAUCAAUUGGUGAACGAAGCAGCAAAAUAUCGGUACCGUUCUGGUAAUUUAUUUGACUGUGGUAAAUUGACUGUACGAACUCCGUGUUCUGCUGUUGGUCACGGUGCACUUUAUCAUUCACAAAGUCCUGAAAGUUUUUAUGCCCAUUCACCAGGACUCAAAAUUGUUAUGCCUCGCAGUGCACAGACAGCAAAAGGAUUACUUCUAUCUUGUGUGCGAGAUCCAAAUCCAUGCAUAUUUUUUGAGCCCAAAAUUAUGUAUAGGUUAGCAGUAGACGAUGUGCCUGAUGAUGACUAUGAACUACCAUUAGGAAAAGCUGAUGUAUUGAUCGAGGGUAAAGACAUCACAUUAAUUGGUUGGGGUACUCAAGUUCAUGUCUUGCUUGAAGUCGCAGAAAUAGCUAACAAGGAUUUUGGAAUUUCUUGUGAAGUAAUUGAUCUGGUGACCAUACUGCCUUGGGAUAAACAAACAGUGACAAAAUCUGUGAAAAAAACUGGCCGUGCUAUAGUGUCCCACGAAGCUCCCUUAACUGGAGGUUUUGGGGCUGAAAUAUCUGCUUCAAUACAAGAGGAUUGUUUUCUCCAUUUAGAGUCUCCAAUACGACGCGUAACAGGUUAUGAUACUCCAUUUCCUCAUGUUUUUGAAAACUUUUACUUACCCAACAAAUGGAAAUGCUUACAAGCUAUCAAAGAACUAAUUAAUUAUUAA